AUGGCCAGCAACAGGGAAAUGCAAAAACAUAUUGAUCAAUUUCGGGCCAAAAGAAAUCAACUGGAACAGACGAACGUUUUGGUCAAAUCCAGGUUAAAGAAAACCUUACAGGCGUUGGGAACCGAUAGUGGUAUUGUGCGAUGGUUGGCUUGGGUCGGUCGUUCCGUUGCCGAAGUGUUGUUCCCCAACAAGUAUGGCGACGUGAUCACUGCGUUGGGCCGGGUCGACCCCGACUUUGAGAUUCCGCGUUUCAUUAAGUUUUGCGAAAAAGAUGUCGUGCCGAACGUGCUGGAAGCGAUGGUCCGGCCGGACUUGGAAGUGCUGAAGGAUUGGUGCACCCAACAAGAAUAUGCACGAUUGGUAUACUUACUUGAUGAGCGUCGUCAAAAAGCUACGCACGGCACGCAUUGCCAGAUUUUGGACGUAAACAACGUGGAUGUGGUUGGUGGCCUGUUCACCGACGAAGGUCCGGUGUUGUUCUUAAGUCUAGACACUCAGGAAAUGAACUAUUCGAAAGCCGCCGACGGUACGGUAAUCAACGACUCCGUCGUCAUGUGUCAUCACGCGUGGGCGUUGCUUAGAGACUUAGACGAACCAAAUCCAAAGGCCGCUUGGCGUCUUGCGGACGUCGCCUUUCAUACAGUCCCAAUGAUGUUUUAA